AGAAUUUGAGAUUGGAAGCUAAUUGUGAGAUUGUUCACAGAAUUUGUGAAUCAAGUCCUUGAGAUCAGCAAGCUUGAUGAAAUUAAGGAUGCCAUAAUUGGCAUACCAGCUGUUAGUCAUCUAUAAACUGAGCAGAUCAAGGGGCUGACCAUAGCUGUCGAACUUGUUGCCACCAUUUACUGUCUUUACAAAUUACGGAUGAACGUGCAAGUGGUGCAGAUGCAAGCUGCAGCAAUUGUUAUGCGAGCCGUUAUAUAUGCGGUUGAGACUGGGAGGAAGACAAUUGUUUGCACUAUUCAGCAACCAAGCAUCGACAUAUUUGAAGCAUUUGAUGAGGGUACAAUGGACAGCAGCAGACUGCAGGGUAUUGCGGAUGCUGGAGACAAGGUUAAGAGCUGGAAAAUUCCUGAUGUUUCAGAUCCGUCACAAAUCAAAGCCCUGCUCUUACCUGAUUCUACAGCACCAAGCAGGGUAGGUGGUAAAGAACUCAAAUAUAGCGUGUCAUUUAAGUUUGGCAGAAACUUCUCUUCUAUGUUGCUGGGUAUUUUCUUUGUAGUUAUUUAUUGGCCUUUGUGCACCUGCGCUCAUAUACGAGAUGUUCUUCUAUUAUGAAGCUAUGCAAUUUGUAUGCAGAUAUAUCACUCAUUAACAUGCCAACUGUAUAUUCUAAAGAAU